CGGCUCGCAAGUUGCGGCAGUGCUUUUAGUCAGCGUAGCUGCUGAAGUCCGUUCGUUAAAAUGCCUGAGCCGGCCAAGUCAGCUCCCGCGCCUAAGAAGGGCUCCAAGAAAGCCGUCACUAAGACCCAGAAGAAGGGCGACAAGAAGCGCAAGAAGAGCCGCAAGGAGAGCUACUCCAUCUACGUGUACAAGGUGCUGAAGCAGGUGCACCCCGACACCGGCAUCUCGUCCAAGGCCAUGGGCAUCAUGAACUCCUUCGUCAACGACAUCUUCGAGCGCAUCGCCGGCGAGGCCUCGCGCCUGGCGCACUACAACAAGCGCUCCACCAUCACGUCGCGGGAGAUCCAGACGGCCGUGCGGCUGCUGCUGCCCGGCGAGCUGGCCAAGCACGCCGUGUCCGAGGGCACCAAGGCUGUCACCAAGUACACCAGCUCCAAGUAAGCUGUCUCUGCGCCCACUGUCAGACCUGCUCGACCCAAAGGCUCUUUUAAGAGCCACCCAUAUUUUCAUUAAAAGAGCUGGGGUUG